AUGAGGAAUCUUCAAGUCUAUGGCAUUCAUUCAACUGGCUCGAUCUGGAAGUUUGUUUUCAUUGAUGAAAAUGGAUCAUUGUUUGUUUCAAAAGAGUAUCAAUUGAAUCCUGAAAAUUAUGUCAAGGAAGGAUUUGACCUAAUCUACCGUCUUGUCUACUAUGUGGUGAAGCAAUCUCAUAUCAACAGCCCUCGUACGACACCUGCUGGCUUUACAACCUGGAUUAGAAGAGUUGCUGCUCUAAAUGAUUCAGAUUUGGAAGAAGAGCUCAAAUUGGUCAACAAGAAUUCACUCAAUGCAUUCGCAAGAGCAAUUGGUCGUAUCCGUCGUCCCGAACUAGAUUCUCAUACAUACAGAAAUGGAACGUAUGAAGCACAUCCCCAUGCAGAUACAAUCAAUUUAUUGGUUUCUAUUGGAGAAUCUACACUAUCUGCCAUCAAUUCGGAAACACCAGUCAGUUCUCAUAUAGAUGACAAUACUAGAAUCAAGACAAUUCAUAGGACAAGACCUGGUUGCCUUGAAAGGAUGCUUUCCAAAUCAAAAGAAUUCAAUGACUACACUAUAAAAGCAUUUAAAUGGAACUAUACGAUGUGUCGUUUAUACAUUGGAAGUAGUAAGGGUAGAGCACCGAAUGAUACCGCUUUUCAUUUACUGCGACAUUUUACGCUUUCUUCAUAUUAA